CAAACUCUGAGCACUGUGGAGCUGAUCGGCCGGUGCUUCACCGACACACGGAGGAUGACAGUCCCGUUACGACUUUUACCGACGCUCUCUGGGAGAUUAUCAUUUUCCUCUACAUCACACUGAGUCUGUGAUUAAUUCAGCAAAUAUUUACUCUGAGCCAGGAGCGAGACAUUUGAGCAGCGUGACAGGUUCGGACGGGAUGCUCGGAACCGGGAGAGAUAUUCCCAGGUUAUUUGGAUGCAGUCACAGGCCACCGCCGCCGGUCUGCUCGUUCGGUACAUUUAGGACACAGUGAAGCAGAAGCAGGAGGCAGACAUGGGCUUCAUGCACCAGCUCCAUCUCCUGCUGUGGAAGAACAUCUCCCUGAAGAGGAGGGGACCGUGGGUGCUGGCCUUUGAGAUCUUCAUCCCACUGGUCCUCUUCUUCAUCCUCCUCGGCCUGAGGCAGAAGAAGCCGGCCAUUCCUGUCAAGGAAGCCUUUUACAGCGCCGCCCCCCUCACCUCGGCCGGCAUCAUUCCCAUCAUGCAGUCUCUGUGCCCGGACGGACAGAGGGAUGAGUUCGGCUUCCUGCAGUACAAAAACUCCACUGUGAGCCAGCUGCUGGAGCGGAUCAGUGAAGUGGUGGAACAGAAUCGACUGUUCACGUCGGACCGGCCCGGUUUGGGUCAGGAGCUGGAGACGCUGCAGCAGCACCUGGAGAGCCUGAGCUCGUCUCCUUUACCACCAGACUACAACUUCAACAACAGCCAAGGCUUCACCCUGGCCAGCGUGUUUAGGAACCAAUCAUCUUUCCAGCAGUUUCUUAUGAAGAAUCUUUCUCUGUCGGAGUCCACCAGCAGCCUGCUGCUACACACUCCCAUCAGCCUCAGAGAGGUGUACAUUCUUAUCUUUGGAACAUCUCUCAAAGAUGGAGGGGUCGCCCAGACUUUGAUUCAGGGGGCGAAAGACACGAGACAAAAACCUGGAGACAAAAUUCAUCAUCUGCAGGAGCAGCUGCUGGGAGACGUUCACAGUCUGGAUGGAGGGCUGAUACACAAAGCGUUACGUGACCCAGCGAAAGCAGCCCACAGGAAGGCUCUGCUCAAACUCAUGUCCCACGCUUUGGGCCUGCCAGAGGUCUCGGGAAACCAGAGAACUGACCCGCAGGGCCUGAAGGAGGUGGAGGAGGUCCUGCUGACUGGAGCCAUGCUGGAGGUCCUCACCUGUGAGGGGGGCGGGGCCAGCGAGCUCGAAAAGAUCCUGUUGGUGCCGGAGAAGCAGCGACCGGUGCUGCUGGACUAUCGCAGCGCUGUGUGCAGCGGAGGGGAAGCUCAGAGGUCCGAGCGCUUCAGGCAGAUGAGUCAAGAGCUAAGAGAGCAGAUCAACAUGCAGAGAGUCACCGAGAAGCUCCACCUGGAGCAGCCCCGCGCUCUGGCUCCUCUAUCUCAGUCCCACCUGAGGGUGCUGUUGAAGGACCUUGCAGACAUAGAAAGACUCCUCAGAGACGUGGACCUGUUAUCUGGCCUGGCACGCCUGCUGCCCAAAGGAGCCUGUGCUGGUCGAACUCCGGCCUCCCCCACUAACGUGACCUGGCACAUGAACACCACUACCUGGGGCCCCAACACCACCGACACCCCCAGAGAGGAGGGGGAGGAGGGAGGAGCAGAGGGAGGAGGAGGAGGAGGGGGAGGAGGAGGAGGAGGAGGAGGAGGGGGAGGAGGAGGAGAAGGGAAAGGGAAGGAGGAAGCAGAGAAUCCUCACUCUCAGUUUUCAGCAUUUGUGCAGCUGUGGGCCGGACUGCAGCCGAUCCUGUGUGGGAACAACAGGAUCAUCGAGCCGGAGGCUUUGAAGCAGGGGAACAUGAGCUCUCUGGGAUUCACCAGCAAAGAACAAAGAAAUCUGGGCCUACUGGUUCACUUGAUGACUACAAAUCCCAAGAUCCUCUACUCCCCCAUUGGCUCCCAGGUGGAUAAAGUGAUCCAGAAGGCAAAUGAGACGUUUGCAUUCGUGGGGAACGUGACACACUACACCCACGUGUGGCUCAACAUCUCCGCCCAGUUGCGGACGUUUCUGGAGGAAGGCUGGCUGCACAACCGUCUGGUGUGGCUGCAGCAGCUGUCCUCAGAGCUGCAGCAGAACCCUGAGCUGUUGAACGGCACCGACAGUGAGCUGAUGCAGAGUCUGAUGGAGGGAAACUACAGUCUCCCUAACACCUCCACCCUGCUGGAGCAGCUGGACACCAUCGACAACGCGGCCUGUGGCUGGACGCGCUUCAUGUCCAAGGUCAGCGUGGACGUCUUCAAAGGUUUUCCUGACGAGGACAGCAUUGUUAACUACACCCUGAACCAGGCCUACCAGGACAACGUGUCUGUGUUUGCCAGUGUGAUUUUUCAGACUAACAACGACGGCUCGCUGCCGCCGCACGUCCUGUACAAGAUCAGACAAAACUCCAGCUUCACUGAGAAGACCAAUGAGAUCAGACGGGCCUACUGGCGUCCAGGGCCCAACACCGGGGGGAAGUUCUACUUUCUGUAUGGUUUCGUUUGGAUCCAAGAUAUGAUAGAGCGAGCCAUCAUCAACACGUUCGUGGGGCAUGACGUGGUGGAGCCUGGUAACUACGUUCAGAUGUUCCCCUACCCGUGUUACACCAGAGACGACUUCUUGUUUGUGAUCGAGCACAUGAUGCCUCUGUGCAUGGUGAUCUCCUGGGUUUACUCAGUGGCCAUGAUGAUUCAGCACAUCGUGGCUGAGAAGGAGCACCGGCUAAAAGAGGUGAUGAAGAUGAUGGGUCUGAACAACGCCGUCCACUGGGUGGCCUGGUUCAUCACCGGCUUCGUCCAGCUGUCCAUCUCUGUCACCGCUCUGACGGCCAUCUUGAAGUACGGCCGCGUGCUGCUCCACAGCGACCCCUUCAUCAUCUGGCUCUUCCUCACCAUCUACGCCGUGGCCACCAUCAUGUUCUGUUUUUUGGUGUCAGUGAUCUACUCUAAGGCCAAGCUGGCUUCAGCCUGCGGAGGUAUCAUCUACUUCCUCAGCUACGUCCCCUACAUGUACGUGGCCAUCAGGGAGGAGGUGGCACACGAUAAGAUCACAGCGUUUGAGAAGUGCAUCGCGUCUCUGAUGUCGACCACCGCCUUCGGCCUGGGCUCCAAGUAUUUUGCUCUGUAUGAGGUCGCGGGUGUCGGCAUCCAGUGGCGAACCAUCAGCCAGUCUCCAGUGGAGGGCGAUGACUUUAACCUGGGUCUGUCCAUGAUGAUGCUCAUCAUCGAUGCGGGCGUGUACGGGGUGCUCACCUGGUACAUAGAAGCUGUGCAUCCAGGAAUGUAUGGGCUGCCACGCCCGUGGUACUUCCCCCUGCAGAGAUCCUAUUGGUCAGGCAGUGGGCGUGUGGAGACGUGGGAUUGGCCUUGGUGUGGAGGCGGAGCUGCCAGGCUCAGUGUGAUGGAGGAGGAUCAGGCCUGUGCCAUGGACCAGAGGAGAUCAGAGGAGAUGCGGGGCAUAGAGGAGGAGCCGAGUCACCUGCCGUUGGUCGUGUGUAUCGACAAACUGACCAAAGUGUACAAAACUGGCAGCAAACUGGCCCUCAACAAACUGAGCCUCAACCUCCAUGAAAACCAGGUGGUCUCCUUCCUGGGACACAAUGGGGCGGGCAAGACCACCACCAUGUCCAUCCUGACAGGAUUGUUCCCGCCCACUUCCGGCUCUGCCACCAUAUAUGGUCACGACAUCCGCACAGAGAUGGAGCGUAUACGUCAGAACCUGGGCAUGUGUCCGCAGCACAACGUCCUGUUUGACAAGCUGAGUGUGGAGGAACACCUGUGGUUCUACUCCAGACUCAAGGGGAUGGCCGAGGAGGACAUACGCAAGGAGAUGGACAAGAUGAUUGUCGACUUGGAGUUAUCCAACAAGCGUCACAGUUUGGUGCAGACUUUAUCCGGUGGGAUGAAGAGGAAGCUCUCUGUGGCCAUCGCCUUCGUCGGCGGCUCCCGGGCCGUCAUCCUGGACGAACCUACGGCCGGCGUGGACCCCUACGCUCGCAGGGCCAUCUGGGACCUCAUCCUCAAGUACAAACAGGGUCGUACCAUCCUGCUGUCCACGCACCACAUGGACGAGGCCGACCUUCUGGGAGAUCGAAUCGCCAUCAUCUCACACGGGAAACUCAAGUGCUGCGGCUCGCCGCUCUUUCUGAAGAGCACGUACGGAGACGGAUACAAACUGACGCUGGUCAAGAAGCAGAGUGAAGGCCGAGGUCAGGGCGUCCAGCUGCAGCCUCCCUCCUCUCUGUCUCCGUCCUCGUCUCUGUCGCCGUGCUCUGAGGCGCGGGUCACUCAGUUUAUCCGCCAGUUUGUGGCGUCCUGUCUGCUGGUGUCCGACUCCAACACCGAGCUGUCCUACGUGCUGCCCUCUGAGGCCGUGAAGAAGGGCUGCUUCGAGAGGCUGUUCCAGGCUCUGGAGCAGAGCUUGGACAGCCUGGCUCUGACCAGCUUCGGGGUGAUGGACACCACGCUGGAGGAGGUCUUCCUCAAAGUGUCUGAAGAGGACCAGUCUCUGGAGAACAGUGAUGCUGGUCAGACCCGAUCCUUCUCCUAUGUGUUCACAAAGCUCAAAGAGUUUUUCAGAAACAUGAAGGGGUCCCCAGGGGGCAGCUCAGUGGGGAAGUUGUCCGUGGGUUCAGGGGGGGGUCCACAGAACGAGACGGGCCCUGCGGUGGAGGGCGAUAAGCCGGAGGUGGAGCUGAGUAAUCUGAUGAUGUGUUCCAGGCUGAGCCAGAGCCAGUCCUCCCUCAAAUCCUCCUCGUCCGUGGGCUCGGUGCGGGGGGAUGAGGGGGGGCUCUACGCAGACUUCUACGGAGAUUACUGUCCACUCUUUGACAACGGCCAAGAACCCGACUCGUCCAGCCUGAGGGAUGCAGAGAACCCAUCGUCCACGGAGCCGGAGAUCCUUGAGGGGCAGGGCAGCUUCAAACUGGAGGGUUGGUGGUUGAAGCUGAGUCAGUUCCACGGCCUCAUCGUGAAGCGCUUCCACUGCGCCAAGAGGAACACUAAAGGCCUGUUCUCUCAGAUCCUCCUGCCUGCCUUCUUCGUCUGCGUGGCCAUGACUGUGGCUCUGUCUGUGCCUGAGAUUGGAGAUCUGCCCCCCCUGAUCUUGUCCCCCUCUCAGUAUCACAACUACACACAACCCAGAGGAAACUUCAUCCCGUACGCCAAUGAAGACAGACCCCAGUACAGGAGUAAGCUGUCUCCGGACGCCAACCCACAGAAGAUCAUCAACACCCUCCGUCUGCCCUCGGGUGUGGGGUCCACUUGUGUCCUCAAAACCCCCUACAACAGCACCCUGGAUCAGCUGGCCCAGACUCUCAACCCCAGCGCCAACAACUCCAAGACCCUCGCCGCCCGCUACUUCGACUCCAUGUGUCUGGAUUCCUUCACCCAGGGGGUCCCUCUCUCCAACUUUGUGCCCCCUCCCCCCUCACCAGCUCCUUCAGACGACCCGGACCCCCGCUUUGAGGACGGACUGUGGAACUUCACAGUCGCCCCUCCCACCACAGUUCAUGAGCCUGUGACGUCUCCCCCCACCCUCCCCCUGGCCAUCCAUGAGCCGGUGCGUUGUACCUGCUCCAUGCAGGGGACGGGCUUCUCCUGCCCAAGUGGGGUAGGAGGGCGGCCCCCCCUCAUGAAGGUGGUGACAGGUGACAUCCUGGUGGACAUAACAGGGCGGAACGUGUCUGAGUACCUGCUCUUCACGUCAGACAGACUGCGCCUACACAGGUACGGUGGUUUAACAGUGGGGAACAUCCAGAAAUCCAUCCCAGCAUCCUUUGGGAGCAACAUACCGCCAAUGGUUAGAAAGAUAGCAGUUCGCCGAUCAGCUCAGGUUCUGUACAACAACAAAGGUUACCACAGCAUGCCAACGUAUCUGAACGUGCUCAACAACGCCAUCCUGCGUGCCAACCUGCCAGCCUCCAAAGGAAACCCCGCGGCCUACGGUAUCACUCUGACAAACCAUCCAAUGAACCGAACCAGUGCCAGCCUAUCAUUGGACUACUUGCUGCAGGGCACAGAUGUGGUGAUCGCAAUCUUCAUCAUUGUUGCCAUGUCCUUUGUCCCGGCCAGUUUUGUGGUUUUCCUCGUUGCAGAGAAAUCAACAAAAGCCAAACACCUGCAGUUUGUAAGUGGCUGUGACCCCGUCAUCUACUGGCUGGCUAACUACAUCUGGGACAUGCUGAACUACCUGGUACCUGCCACCUGCUGUGUCAUUAUUCUGUUUGUGUUCGACCUGCCGGCCUACACCUCCCCCACCAACUUCCCUGCCGUCCUCUCCCUCUUUCUGCUCUAUGGGUGGUCCAUCACUCCCAUCAUGUACCCAGCAUCUUUCUGGUUCGAGGUCCCCAGUACAGCUUACGUGUUCCUCAUCGUCAUCAACCUCUUCAUCGGCAUCACUGCGACUGUCGCCACCUUCCUCCUGCAGCUCUUUGAACAUGAUAAGGAUCUGAAGAAAGUCAACAGUUACCUGAAGUCCUGCUUCCUCAUCUUCCCCAACUACAACCUGGGUCACGGCCUGAUGGAGAUGGCCUACAACGAGUACAUCAAUGAAUACUACGCUAAAAUCGGUCAGUUUGACAAGAUGAAGUCUCCGUUCGAGUGGGACAUUGUGACUCGAGGACUUGUUGCCAUGACAAUUGAAGGCUUCGUCGGCUUCCUCAUCACCAUCCUCUGCCAGUACAACUUCCUAAGGAAACCUCCGAGGGUGCCGGUCAGCUGCCAGCCUAUAGACGAUGAUGACGUAGACGUGGCCUGUGAGAGACACAGAGUCCUGCGAGGAGACGCUGAAAACGACAUGCUGAAGAUCGAGAACCUGACAAAGGUGUAUAAAUCCAGGAAGAUGGGUCGGAUCCUGGCUGUGGACCGACUCUGUCUGGGGGUCCGGCCCGGCGAGUGUUUUGGUCUUCUGGGAGUGAAUGGAGCCGGCAAGACCACCACCUUUAAGAUGCUGACGGGUGACGAGUGCACGACCGGAGGAGAGGCCUUCAUUAACGGAAACAGUAUCCUGAAGGACCUGCUUCGUGUGCAGCAGAGUAUCGGUUACUGUCCACAGUUUGACGCUCUCUUUGACGACCUGACAGCCAGAGAACACCUGGAGCUCUACACUCGCCUCCGUGGGAUUCCCUGGAAGGACCAGGAGAGGGUGGUGCAGUGGGCGUUAGAAAAGCUGGAGCUGUCAAAGUACGCAGACAAACCUGCCGGCACGUACAGCGGAGGAAACAAACGUAAGCUGUCCACAGCCAUCGCUCUGAUCGGAUACCCCUCACUCAUCUUCCUGGAUGAGCCCACCACCGGGAUGGACCCAAAGGCUCGCAGAUUCCUUUGGAAUUUAAUCCUCGACAUCAUCAAGACGGGACGCUCUGUAGUGCUGACAUCACACAGCAUGGAGGAGUGUGAGGCUUUGUGCACCAGACUGGGCAUCAUGGUGAACGGCAGGUUUAAAUGUCUGGGCAGCAUCCAACACCUGAAGAACAGGUUUGGAGACGGCUACAUGAUCACAGUGAGGACGAAGAGCAGCUCUAAUGUGAAGGAGGUGGUUCGAUUCUUCAAUAGAAACUUCCCUGAGGCCGUGCUGAAGGAGCGUCACCACACCAAGGUCCAGUACCAGCUGAAGUCUGAGCGGAUCUCUCUGGCUCAGGUGUUCAGUAAGAUGGAACAGGUGGUGGAGGUUCUGGGCAUCGAGGAUUACUCAGUCAGUCAGACCACGCUGGACAAUGUGUUUGUCAACUUUGCCAAGAAGCAGAGCGAUAACCUGGAGCAGCAGGAGGUGUCGCCCCCCGGUGGUAGACAGUCACCCCUGCAGCAUAUCCUCAACCUGCUGAAGUCUCGUCCGGCAAACACGGAACUGAACGCGCUGAUCAGCGAGGCGCCUGAGGAGCUGGAGAGCGACGAUGACGAAGGACUCAUCAGCUUUGAAGAGGAAAGAGUGCAGCUCUCCUUUAACACAGACACUCUUUGCUAAAGCCAGCUGCUGAAACAGGGAGCGACAGAAGCGGUUGGUCUGAGCUCUGGGGCGGAGCACAGAGCUGCAGAUUGAACCCUGAAGAGGCACCUUAACAAGAGGACCAGCAAAUCAGUUUUUACGCCUCAAAUUCUUCACCCAGGAGGGACGGAGGCGUUGAAAUUGGAUCAGACGGACGUGAAGAACCUGCAGAGUCUGAGACAGCGUGCUUGAAGACUUUGUCCUUGAAUGUUUCCAUAUUUAUGUUUUUUUUUAGAGAAUGUAUCUCCGGAUGGUGGAUGGAGACUGUAGGCGAGACUCCACAGGUUACUCUUGAUUUGUACGCCUGCCAAAGAGCCUGUGACCUGAGAGUUCCUGCACCCAACUCGACCUGCCUUGAGAGCAUGCUGUGAUGAAGUAGUUAUGUAAUACAGUCUAUUUUUCUGUGGCAAGAAGAGCGAUUUAUUUUGGAUAUUGAAGCAGCUGCAGACUGAGGUGUGAGAUUUAUUUUGCACUAACAGAGGACUGAGUGAAACGCGCCAUGGGAAAGUGCUCAGCUGUUGGCCUUUUCUUUUUUAACUUGAUGUCAGAGACAGAGAAAAUGUAACGGCAUGGUUCUUGUCCUGAUGGUGCCUCCCCUCUAUAACACUGUACAGUUAAUCUUUCUACUGAAUGCUCCCAUUCGUGCGUUUAACAUUCAUUAAGUUGUGGACUCUGCCAAGAAGAUCCUCUCUGAACCGGACACAGUGUAAAAUAAUAAGAAUACCUGAUCUCUGCUCCUAUUCCCUGACAAUAACUGCACUACCAUCACUGUGAUACUAAAGAGGACUCUCAGAUCAGGAGAAUCUCUUAUUUAACAUGAGUACAUGUUUUAUUAUUUCCAGAUACUUUUCUGUGGGAUUUUAAGAAAUCCAAACGUGCACAUAUAUCCACGCUUACAAAACCAUGGUUGUUUCUCUGACCGUAAGUUUGCUUUGAACUGGUCGCUCUCAUAACUUUUGUGAUGAUUAAGUUGUAACUUGUUCACUUUCUUCUUUCACAGCUUAUUAGAGUCAUAUUUUUGGUGUUAAUCAUUGCACUGGUGAGCUGUUUUCCUACUUGAAGGGGUUGUCAUUAAACAAGAACAAAAUUGA